GUUUAAUUUCAAAUAAAGCCAAAAGCUAAAAUUUCACACUUUGCUAAAUGCUUUGAAAUCCAUAAUCCGUCCUCAAUUUAACUCAAUAAUUUACGUUAAAUUUAUGUGUGACUAGAUUUUUAUUUCUCAUUAUGUCAUCCCUAACGUUUCAACAGAAGCCUUUCUUUCCAUCUCCACCUGAUAAAGGAAGCUUCCCAUUAGAUCACGAUGGAGAGUGUAAAAGGCAGAUGCUGAAGUACUUAUUGUGUUUAAAUCGUCAGAACAAUUCCAAUGAAGAAUGUCGGCAUCUUGCUAAAGAUUAUCUGCAAUGCAGAAUGGAAAAAAAUUUAAUGGCUCAUGAAGAGUGGGAAAAGCUGGGUUUUCCAGAAAAAGAGACAAAGUAGUGAUUGUGAUGAACAUUGCAAAAUUGUUUCUAUUUUUAAAUAUGUAAAUAGAGCUAAUUGUCUAAUUUAUAGUGAAAAAAAUUUUUCUUCCUUAAUUUUUUGGAAAAAGGAUUUCAGCAGCAUAAACCUAUUGACCCUUCAAGAGUUGAGUUUCAGGACAAAAUUAUAUCUAAAUGAUUUUCAGCUCGUAAUUUCAGAUGUAUGGAAUUCGUUGUUUGUAAUACGAGGGAUAUUUUUUAAAUAAGGGCUGUUUGGAAAUAAAAACCAAAUGAAAGAAAAUUUUUAUGAAGCAAAUUUAUUUUUUGAUUCAACAUACAUUUCUCUUUUUUUCAAAAUAGUUGUCAACUUUGCUUAAACACUUACACCAACUAGAUUUAGAAUACCCUCUUCAUAGUAACUUGCCGCCUGCUCCGAUAUCCAAGAGGUUACGACCGUUUUCACGUCUUCGUAAUCAUUGUACUAGUUGCCGGCAAAACGAUAUUUAGAACAUCGGGUAAGGUUAAAAUCACUUAGCGCAAGGUCUGGGCUGAUGAGGGGUGAUCCAAAACUUCCCAGCCGAAAGAGCCAAUAAAGCUCGGGACUGAGCUGUGGAGAGUCAUGGAGUAGCGAAAUUUUCUGUCAGCGUGCCAGUAGGAAGCUUCAGAAAUCUGUCAGUGAAUGUAUGUAGCAGACAGGUUUUUUGCCGACUAAAAACGCAUCACUGACCGUACCUCGUAUUGGCGGGUGAUUUGUUAAAUUUGAACAUAUUAAAGACGCAGAACAACUGACUGCACAGGGUACAUACACAGCGGAGCAUAGUUGUUCCCAAGAAAUGCCGAGACACUCCGCAAGUACUCGUUGUGACGCAAGCGUCAUUUAUUAAUGUACACAAGAAAAUGGACCUUAAUUUUUAAAAAUAAACAGCCCUCGUACCACUUAACUGAAGUUGGAAUCUGUUGAAAAUAGCAUUUAAUUGGACAAAAAACUAUCAUUUGUAUUUUUUUCUUUUGUAUAACAUUUAACAAAUAGCAUUAGUAUUAGUUUAUAAAAUGUGUUCUAUAAUGUGUAAUAUAAAAUGUAUUUAAAAUAAAGUUCUUAAAAUAGAA